AGCAAACUCGCAGACAGCUGCUGUGUUCGUCCCGGUGAAUUUAAUCAAAAUAACACCAUGGAGGACAAGGCACAGAUACAAGAGGCGAUUAAAACUCAAGGUGAAGUCGUUCGGAAGCUGAAGUCAGAGAAGGCGAGCAAAGAGCAGUGAUAGGGUUGCUUACCACUUUUCUCCUGUUCUUCCUGCCCGACCCUGGACGCCCCCGGCCUGCCUCGCCCUUCAUCAUCACCAUCAUCUACCUCCUCCUGGACCUCACUGCUGCACUCACUCCCUCGCUGACCUUCCUCGGACCGUUGUGAUUGGCUUUUGUGGCCGGGCUGCUUUUACCCAUGAUGCGCUCCUGAACUUCUGUUUGUCCAAUUUUUGGACGUACAUUUUUUACCUUAAUGUUUUUGAAUCCCCGCUGCCGUGGGAUGAACUCACUGGGCAUGUUUUGUGUUCGUACUCUUGCUGUGGUGGGCUGUCGGACUGCAACACGUGCUCGCGCUCUGUGCACAUCUCCUGGGAUCACUGUGGCUCAGAUCGAUGAAGAAGUUGCCAAACUGCUGGAGUUGAAGGCUAAGAUAGGAGGAGAUGAAGUCAAACAUCAGUUUGUCCUCAAGACAGCAAAGGGAACGAGGGACUACAACCCCAAACAGAUGGCCAUCCGAGAGAAAGUCUUCAACACCAUCAUCAGCUGCUUUAAACGCCACGGAGCCGAGACCAUCGACACGCCUGUUUUUGAACUGAAGGAAACGUUGACGGGGAAGUACGGAGAAGAUUCAAAGCUCAUCUACGACCUCAAAGAUCAAGGCGGCGAGCUGCUGUCGCUCAGAUAUGACCUCACUGUGCCCUUCGCCCGCUACCUGGCGAUGAACAAGAUAACCAACAUCAAACGGUACCACAUCGCCAAGGUCUACCGCCGUGAUAACCCAGCCAUGACCCGCGGACGCUACAGAGAGUUUUACCAAUGUGAUUUUGACAUAGCGGGGCAGUACGACGCCAUGAUUCCUGAUGCUGAGUGUCUGAAGAUCGUCUAUGAAAUCCUCAGUGAGCUGGACCUCGGAGACUUCCGUAUCAAGGUCAACGACAGACGCAUCCUGGACGGGAUGUUUGCCGUGUGUGGCGUUCCAGACGACAAGUUCCGCACAAUCUGUUCGACAGUGGAUAAACUGGACAAGUUGCCCUGGGAGGAGGUGAAGAAGGAGAUGGUGAACGAGAAGGGCCUGUCGGAGGAAGCUGCGGACCAGAUCGGGGAGUACGUCAGUAUGCAGGGAGGAAUGGACCUCGCAGAGCGCCUCCUUCAGGACCCCAAAAUGUCUCAGAGUAAGCAGGCCUGUGCCGGCCUGUCUGACAUAAAGCUGCUCUUCAGCUACCUGCAGCUCUUCCAGGUCACAGACAAGGUGGUGUUCGACCUCAGUCUGGCCCGGGGUCUGGACUACUACACAGGAAUCAUUUAUGAGGCGGUACUGACGCAGGCAGGUGUGGCCCCCGUGUGCACCGAAGCCCAAAACGGGGCCCCCGGAGAGGAGAGUGUCAGUGUGGGCAGCGUGGCAGGCGGAGGGCGGUACGAUGGCCUGGUGGGCAUGUUUGACCCCAAAGGAAGGAAAGUGCCGUGUGUGGGCGUCAGCAUCGGCAUCGAGAGGGUCUUCUCCAUCAUGGAGCAGAAGGCCGAGGCCUCAGCAGAGAAGGUUCGCACCACAGAGGUUCAGGUCAUGGUGGCGUCUGCUCAGAAGAACCUGAUGGAGGAGAAACUCAAACUGGUCUCUGAGCUCUGGAACGCUGGCAUUAAGGCAGAGGUGAUGUACAAGAAGAACCCCAAACUGCUGAGUCAGCUGCAGCACUGUGAGGAGUCUGGGAUCCCCCUGGUGGCCAUACUGGGAGAACAGGAGCUAAAGGAUGGUGUGGUCAAACUCCGAGUGGUGGCAACCAGAGACGAGGUUGAUAUUUCCAGAGCAGACCUUAUAGCUGAGAUCAGGAGGAGGACAUCUGAGGCCUAGUCUAUCCCCCCCCUUCAUAUUCUGCCACAUCAUCCGAUUGCUUCACACACACACACACACACACACACACCACACACACACACACAUACAUACAUACAUACAUACAUACAUACAUACAUACAUACAUACAUACAUACAUACAUAUACACACACACACACACACACUCUGCAGACUCCUGACCAGGAACACGGUCUCGUCUGGUCCUCGAGCAUGUUGGACAUCGUGCAGCCCUGACAACACUCCAUCCCUGUUGUUCUUGAAGCGGCCACACAGACCGUUUGGUGCGUUCAUGAAGGCUGAUACAAGAACACUGAUGCUGAGAGGACGUGAGUUCAACAGGAUGUGCUUCUUAAAGAAACACGGAGCAGUGAACAGGAAGAUAGACAGAUGUUUGGCCUGUAUGGACUUCUUUAUAAACGGUAUUUUAUCCUGAAAGAUGUUUGGGAGACACAGCUCUGUGGUUGUCUGAAACCUCUUCACCCUGACCUGCUGUGUCCCCGCUCGGUCAGGAAACAAAUCCUGGUUCAGGGUUAAAGAGCUCUCUAACAGCCUGUACAGAGAUAUCUGGAUAAAUAGAUACUAUUUGAAUGUAAGAUAUUAUUGAUGUUCUCAGUCAGGUGGUUGACUGGAGAGUCAUGAAUGGUCUCUGUAGUUACAGUCGACUCAGAUCUCCUGUAGUUCAUCUUCAGAUUAAAGGAUUAGCUUCAUAAAAACGUUUUUUGUUUACAGUUUGACUAGUUUAUUCAAAGAGAAGCCUGAAAACCAUCAGCAAAUCAAAAAGAACCAGCUCAGCGUGAAAUACCGUUUUUUGAGAAGUCCCACUUUACUUCAUGUGUAAAAAUGAUUUCACGUUGCUCUCUUCACCAAUCUUUAACAUUAACCCAACUAUGAAAGUGUAAUAAGUGAACAAGGAGAUCAGUUUGUCUUCAUCGGGUUAAUUUCAAAGAAACAGAAACUGUCUGUGUCUGUACGCUCACGAAUCUGAAAUAAAAAUAUCCAUCAUUUGUCUGGAAACAGAAGAA